CGGAAAACAACCCCAGCCGCAGAAUAGAAGCCAACCACGAUCCAUUCCUUUCACGUAGCAGCAGUAGCCCAGGACAAGAUCACCCAUUCUUUCUUUUCAUUUUUCUGAAGAAAACCCCAGCCGCACGAGUUCGUUUUUUUCCCUAGUUCACUUAGCCGCAGAACACAAGCAGCCGUAGCCAGUAGUAGCUCAUAUUUUUUUUCUUUCUGUUCGUAGUUAAACCGGCCGCCGUAGAAGAUCAUCCACUUUUUUCCUAUUCGAAGCACAAAAACAAGUAGCCGCAGGGGAUUUCUUUUUUUCUGUUCAUUCACUCUUAGCGGCAGCAGCGUUUUCGGGCUUCUACUUGUCAAUUAGCCGCAGCCGGCAGUAACUAGAAGACCAGCAGCCGCACCGCACAAUUCUGUCAUUCUAAACACUGCAGCGAGUUCAUUCUCUUCUUCUUCACUGAGCAGCAGCAAGGAGAUACCAGGCUUCACUUUUCUUCAUUUUCUUUCAAUUCAAUUUACAUUCCAAGCAAGAAUUGUAAGUUUCAGCAUUUUUUACAUACUAGUUCGUGAACUUAGAUUAAAUUUCGAAUUGGUUUGUCUCUAAUUAGUAAUUUCAGAAUUUUUCCAUUAAUUACUUAUAAUUCAAGUUUUAUUUCUAGCUCCAUAUCAUGCUUAUCAAUAUUAUUGUGAUGUUAAUUUUAAUUAUGAGUAGCUAAUUUUUAUAUAGGGUUUGAAUUGGGGCUAGGGUUCAUGGGUUCUUGAGGGUGUGAAUUUAGUUUUUCUGAAAUUCAAUUAAUUUUCUGGAAAAUUGUAUAAGAUUAAUCAUAAUUGUCUAUAUGAAUUUGAUCACCUCAUAUAUGAAUUUUUGGAUUUAAUUCAAUUCUUGUCCAUGAGAAAUUGAGUUAAAUUAGCUUGGGUCUUAUACAAACAAUCUGAUCUUAGAAGUAAGUUAGGAUUGUGGAAAUUUGAUUUAAUUCUUGUCUAUGAGAAUUUAUUUCAUAUUCUUUCUAGGAAUUAUUGAAAAUUAAUUUACUUAAUUCUAAUCCCGAAAGAACAUCCAGAACCCGAACCAUCCAAUUUGAACCCUGUUUUACUAUCUUGAAUCAAUUUAAUUUUGUUUCUUUUCACUCUAUUUAUUUUUGCACUUGAUUUUUUUAAACCACCCAAAAUCAUUAUUUGGAAAGAUUACCAUGACUUGUGCUAGCCUGUGAUCACGGACUGUAUGUAAAAACUUCCCUUUUGCCACUCCUUGAGCGACGAUACUCGUGGUCUGGUUAUUCUUCGGAUUAGCCAACUACGUUUUACUCACUAAAAAAAUACACCGAUCAAAUGGCGCCGUUGCCGGGGAGUGGCACGGUUGUUUGUUAAGUACUUUUCUGUGGAAUAGGUAAAAGCAAGUCGGUGAGACUUUCUAUUUUUUUCUGUUAUUUGUGUUUGUUUUUGGUGUUCUUUGCACGUGAACUAAGUUGCAGGAACAAGUGUAUACGCACUCGCUCCUCGGGGGAACAAGAUCUAAUUGCAGGGUAUUCUAAUCCUGAACGCUUAUUCCGAGGAAGAGCUUAAAGGAGUUUGCUAAAAGACUUGGAGAAAAUGGCUAAUCAGACAACUCUAGAGACGUUGACGCCUAACUAUUUGGCGAGAAAUAGCAUUGGUGCACCCACCAUUGAGGCCAACAAUUUUGAAAUCAAGCCGGCCAUGAUUCAGAUGCUUGCUAAUAAUCCAUUCUGUGGAUACGCCCAUGAAGAUCCAAUGGAGCAUAUUGAGAGCUUUAUUCAGACUUGUGCCACGUUCAAAUAUAAUGGAGUGUCCAGCGAAGCAGUCAGGUUGACUUUAUUCCCGUUCUCGUUGAAAGACAAAGCUUCACGGUGGCUCCGUAGCUUUCCAAACGGGCAUUUUGAUACAUGGGAGAAGCUUCAUCAGGCCUUUAUGCAGGAGUAUUUUCCUCCCUCUGCCGCUAUCAAGGUUCAGACGGAAAUUCUCAAUUUCACUCAAGCUCCGACCGAAUCUUUCAGUGAAGCAUGGGAUAGGCUGAAGACGUUGAAAAGGAAGUGCCCUGAAACAUUCAUGAAUGUAGCAACUAUUAUGUGCAGAUUUUAUAAUGGGCUUCGAUUGGAGUAUAUGAGAGAGCUAGAUCGGGCAUCUCAAGGGGGUAUGUUUCUGAAAUUAUCCCCACAGGCAGAAGAGCAAAUAAUUGAAAACUUGGCUUCAAAUGACAAGUAUUGGUAUGCGGGUAGACCUUAGGCGCCAAGCUAGGCGUGCCUCUCAGGGAAAUUCGGGUCAGGGAAGUCGGGGAGCUUCAAUGGCCAUUCCUGCGGCGUCACAGGGAGUGCAGGGAGGAGGUUUCUGUGUAAGAGUCUCCAAAUACCUCAAGGAGGCUAGGGCCUUGGGGUGAAAAUCAUUUGAUGGCAAGGGCGACAUAUCGGUGACUGCCGAUUGGAUCAAGAAGCUGAAUGAUGCUGCUAGGGAUAUGCAGAUCUGACUCGACGUGAAGUUGACAGUUGCCACCAGGUUACUAGAGGGGGUAACUGCAAUAUGGUGGGAAGGCGUGGAAGGGAAGUUCCACGGUGAGACCACAUGGGAGAAAUUCGAAAUAGAAUUUUAUAAUCAGUACUAUUCAGAGUUUGAGAAAAACCAGAAGAGGAAGGAGUACAUGACUUUGGUACAAUAGGAGGAUUGCUCGGUAAGACAAUUGGAACAGAGGUUCCGGGACUUGGCACGAUACAUACCUGAGUACGCCAUGGAUGAGAAUCGUAUGGCCAACCACUUCUGGGAUACCCUACAGUUGGAUAUCCGUGAUCGGGCUACCUACAAUCAUCACAUGACGUUUAGUGAGAUUGUUUAUCAGGGGCUCCUUGGGGAACCCAAGUGGAACAAAAGAAAGAAGAGAGACGCCGAUGAGGCGAAGAAGAGGAGAUGGGAGAAUUCUGGACCCCAAGACCAUUCUCGGAAGCAUCACGCCGGUAAUGGAAGUUCAUUUAGGGCGCCAGCACCACCGGCAAAGAAGAGUAAGGGCCCAGGAGGGCAAGGGCACAGCUCGGGGAGUGUGAGACCACUAAGGUCAAGUAUUUUAUAUGUAUAUAUGGUAUGUAUCACCCUAUUUUAAAUGGAAAUGACCUACGCGUCAAACAUAUUUUAUUUCUGCA